GUAGCUGUCUCUGUGGAAAGAGCGACUGCCAAGCCGGACUUGUGAAGUCAGUCAGUCGCAACUUGCAUGUGAAAGGGCCUUGGAGCUUUCCACAUCUAAAACCAUCGCAUCCUUGAUCUCUCUACCUAGCUUACCGACAUCAUGUCGGCGACUCAACAACUACACACAUCACUGCUGCGCGCACCCAUCCUUCACAUCCUGCGUGCCCAGGGCUUCCACUCGACGCGACCAUCAGUGCUGGACACUCUCGUCAACAUCACCGAACGCUACCUAUUACUUCUUGCCGAAACGACGAGGGACCAUGCUCUGCUCAAUCACAACGACCCGAUACCCACCGUCACUGAUGUCCGCAUGGCUUUGACCGACUGCGGCACUCUCACGCCCGUCCUCACAGCCGCCGAACAAGACUGGUUGGAAAAGUUCAGACGACCACUAGAAGACUUUGACGACCUUAAGCAUGGUGAUAUCCGAAGAGAAGGAGAGCUACGGCGACGCGACGAACAAGAUACUCAGGAUGUUCGCGACUUCAUCAAAUGGAUUGUCGGUGACCAAAACCGCGAGAUCCGUCGCAUUGCUGGCGUCUUGCCUGAACCUGGCCCUGGAGGCACCGUCAACGGCGAAGACUAUCUGACCGUCUUGAAGAAGAAGCACAGCAAGACGGGUGAAGAGUCAAGGUUUCAGGGAACUGUACUCGGAAAGCCCGCAGAGGACAGACCACUCAAGAUCGAAGGCGGCCCUGUGGAGACUCUGACCGAAUGGAACAAUCUCAUGCACGACCACUCCGAGCACCAACUACCUACGACAAAAGACGCCGCCGAAAGUCCGCAUGAGGCUGAGAUCGACGAGCAGCAACUACUGAUGGAUGUGUCUUGAGGAGCCUCCACUUUAACUUGACACUAUUAUAUCCAUCAACAACCACAAUCCUCCAAGCGGGACUAGCUUCUCUACAUGACCUCGGCACAGAUCGCCGAAAACGGCUGUCGAGUUGUCCUUUAGACC